AUGAGUAAUCAAAUAUCAGAAUAUAAAUCUUUUAUUUUAAUAGAAAAAUUUCAAAAUUAUAUUGACGAAAAUGAAGAAAAGAAGAAACAAACUAUUAAAAAUGUUAAAGCGAUUUUAGAGAUUAAGGUAAUGAAUGUUGAAGGUAGAGAACAAAUUUGGACUUUGGACCUUAAGAACGAAGGAACUAUUAAGACCGGAAAAGGUUCUACGAAGCCAGAUAUUACCAUCAGACAAAAAGCCAUCAUGGCUGGCAAACUCGAUAUUAAAGGUUAUAAUAUUUCUAAAUUAUAUAAAAUAUUAAACGUUACUUCCGGAGCGAAACUUUACUUCAAGAAAAGUAAAAUCGAAUCAUGA